CCCGCUACAUUGUGAAUAAAAGCCGGAGCUUCUUUGUUUCCCUCCUCACUGUGUGUGAGAACAUCCGCAGAGUUUUGAUGAGAGACAGUCGGCUGCAGAUUGCACGCGCUCUGAGUUGAAGAUGCAGACCUCAAAGAGCUUUCGGAUGGAUGAUUUUAUCGCAGGAUGGAUCGGCGGAGCGUGCAGUGUGGUGGUGGGCCAUCCGCUGGACACAGUGAAGACGAGGCUCCAGGCGGGGAAAGGCUACAAGAACACUCUCCACUGCGUCCUCACCAUCUACAGGAAGGAAACGGUCAUGGGUUUCUUUAAGGGCAUGUCUUUCCCUCUGGCCAGCAUCACCGUCUACAACUCCGUGGUGUUUGGCUUCUUCAGUAACACGCAGAGACUUAUAAGCAAGUAUCGCUACGGCGACGGGCGGCAUCCCUGCGGCAUGGUGGACCUGACUGUGGCCAGCAUGCUGACUGGUCUGAUGUCAGUGAGCCUGGGAGCCCCAGUGGAUCUGGUCAAGAUCAGACUGCAAAUGCAGACGCAGAUGGUUCUAGCAGAGAACUUGAACCUUGCCAGCAAUGUAUCGAAUGGCACCAACAUCCCUAUGCGCUCCAUGAACAUCCCCAGCCAGAGACUUUACCGAGGCCCCAUCCACUGCAUCAGCAGCACCCUGCAGACGGAGGGUCUGCAGGGCCUGUACAGGGGGGCUGGGGCCAUGAUCCUGAGGGACGUUCCUGGAUACACACUCUACUUCAUCCCUUACACCAUCUUCUGCGACCUGCUGAAGCCAGACGGCACCUCAAGCCUUCACCCUGGUUCCAUCUGGCUGGCUGGAGGACUAGCAGGGUCCAUUUCCUGGGUCACAGCCACGCCAGCCGACGUAGUGAAGAGUCGAAUGCAGGCCGACGCUCAGCUGCAGAGGAAGUACAAGGGGAUCUUACAGUGCAUCAUCCACAGCUACAAGACGGAGGGCGCACAGGUUUUCUUCCGCGGGGCAUCAGUCAACGCCAUCCGAGGCUUCCCGAUGAGCGCCACCAUGUUCCUGACCUACGAACUCUCCCUACAGUUCUUCAGGAGUUUCUAGGGGCAAAGGAAACGUGUUGGUGGUAAAAGGAAUCAGAUGAGCAAACAGGCUCCACUUUAUAGUAGCUGUGAGUCAGCUAAUUUCAAGCUAAUGCUAACAUCUAGUGAGCACACCAGAGCUUUUGAACGCUUUGCUGUGAAGCAAAUAUUUUAUUUCAAUGAGGUUUUAAAACUAAUACUUUCAGUUUUAAACAAUCAGAAUUAGGACACCAAAGUCAUCCAUGUGUUCCUGGGCAAAGUAUUUAUCUAACAACGGUAUCGAACAGUUUAGCAUAAUAAUUGCUAAUAAUAUUAGCAUGCCAAAGCUAACGGGGAACAUGGAUGAUUUUAGAGUCAUUAUUUAGCUUAAAACAACUUUAUUUAUACCUGUAAGGGAAAAUGCUUUUGAAAUAACGUCUAUUUGUAACUUUUAGAUUUUAAACUAAUUGAAGGGAGAAGGGAGUUGAGAAAUAUGAAUUGACUGAACACUUUUAAAAUGGAUGCGAGUCUGAAUUUAACGUUUUUGUAAGCGUUCUGUGUUGAUUUGUUCGUUUAAGUUCAGUUGUAUUCUGAUGGCCUAGUGGUCUGGUGGUACGCCUUCCAAACCAGGCUGCCGCCAUUGUACCCCUGAGCAAGGUACUUAACCCUGAGCUGCUCCAGGGAGACUGUCCCUGUACUUAGUUCAAUGUAAGUCGCUCUGGAUAAGAGCGUCUGCUGAAUGACCUGUGUUUCUUAUAUUAAGAAAAGUCUUACAAAUUCUAUUUUAACUUUAUCACAUUACCUAUAAUGCAGUUAAAGUGCAUGCAAUCAGAUACAUGUGAGCUAUUGUACUACUGUUAUAUUAUUGCUUUAUGAAGUCUGCAGCAUUAAUAUAUAAUCACUAAUCUCAACAGUUACUCAGCUUUGAUGAUGAUGCACAACCGAAGUUUCAUUCUAAAAUGAGAUCCACAUUUACUUCCAUGGAUAAAAAUCACGUUUAAAUGAGGUGUUAACUCCUUCAUCUGCAAGUCACGGGGUUUUUAAGACAACCAUCAUAGACGCAAAGCAAAAGUCUCUUCACAAAAUGGAUAUUUCUCAUUUUUGAUUGAAAACCUUCAAAGUGAAACGUCUUUUCCUGGAUAAUAGCUAUAUUUUAAAUAGUUUUUUGAUCAUGUAAAUACUUGUAAAUAUGUAAACUGCCAUUCCAGAUGAUGGAGAGACAGAUGUGUAU